AAAAGGUUCCACAAUAUGAAAUGGCGGAUGCUGUCUCUGAUGAUGCAGCUCAUCGUCUUUCUUCUUCUGUUACAGACACCCGGAGAUCACCUUCAGGUGAUUGGUCCGUCUCAGCCAAUAGUGGCAAUAGUUGGUGAAGACAUAAUUUUGCCAUGCCACCUGGAACCUGCGAUUAAUGCUUCUAACAUGAGGCUGGAGUGGGCGAGGCCGGACCUGAGCCCUGGGUUUGUGUAUGUGAGGACAAACGGUCAAGAAUAUGUUGUUCACAAACAUCCGACCUACAGAGGAAGAACAUCAGUGUCCAUCGACAGACUGCAGCUCGGAGACAUUUCACUGAAACUCUCCAACGCAAGAGUCUCUGAUGAGGGAACGUACAGAUGCCUCGCGCCUAUACUGGGACGAGCUGCUUUUAUUAAGCUGGUCAUUGGUGCCGUCUCCUCACCUGCCAUCAUUUCACUGAACAGAGCCAGCAGCAGUGUGGUGUUACAGUGUGAGUCUGCAGGCUGGUAUCCAGAGCCUGAGGUGUUUUGGCUGGACGGUGAGGGAAACCUCCUCUCUGCUGGACCUACAGAGACAGUCAGAGGUCCUGAUGACCUCUAUACUGUCAGCAGCAGAGUGACUGUGGAGAAGAGACACAGCAACAACUUCACCUGUAGAGUCCAACAGAAGGACAUCAACCAGACCAGAGAGACUCACAUUUAUAUUUCAGUCCUGUCGAGGUAUGUGAAAUGGCUCCUCUUGACUCCAGGAUUUAUCGGUGUCUUACUUUGUGCUGUAUUCACAGUACUUGGAUGGAGACCAAGGUAUCAACACUUGAUUUAUCAAGGGGACCGACUGAGUGUUAGGGAAAUACAGAUUGAUCUAAGGGGAAGACAAAGAUGUCUGACAUGUCACAGCAAAAAAACAGAAGACACCGCCCCAACAUGACAAGAACUUCAGGCGGAGUGAGGACAGGAAGUAGAGUUUCUGAAAAGUCCGGAGGAAAUCAAAUUCAGGGCAGCGAACUGAAGAGCUAAUGGUAAAAGAAGAGUUCAUUCGAUGCCACUAGAUUCACACUAACAUGCUCACAUUUGUCAUUGUGAGCAUGUUAGCAUUAGCAUUUAGCUCAAAGCACCUCUGUGCCGUUGUGCAGCCUCACAGAGCUGAUGGCUGGCUGCAGACUCUCAGUCUCUGUACAGAUGAGACAAAGAGCUGUUGAUAAACUUUAUCAUUGAGCCUUUUCUUUGGAUCGGACACCAAACAGGACAAGAACAGCUGAGAUGGACAGUUAGGACUUCAGAGAUGAUUAUUGGUGUUAACUUGUUCAUAACUGUUCAUAAUUCAUAUAUAUCAUAUAUAUUAGAUUGUAAUAGAGACAUUAUGGAUAUCUAGUUUGUGUUCACUUUAUAUGCACCAACAUAUUUAUGCAAUCUGCAACUCACUUCUGUAAAUAGGGUAACUUAUACUUUAUACAUUAUUUACUCCAGUACUGACGUGCCUUUUCUAACUGACCUGUAUGAAGACAGUUUGUUGUCGAACUCUUGCCUGGACAUCAUAGCUACAUAUUUGUUAUCAGUUUGUUAUAAGUUAACUUAUAUUUGCAAAGCUUAAUAUAUUUGUUUAUGCCUGUAUUAGUUCUCUGCACAUUGAGAAUUACUCUGGAGUCAAACUGUUUGUACUGUAUGUGUCAACACAGCUGGUCAAUAAAACUGGUUCUGACAUUGA